UGUGAGCAGAGCCACUGAGCCAGUUUGAAGAUUUUUAAAUAAUUUAAUUUUUAAACAUAUACUUAGAUAGAACCCACAUCCUUUAAGUUUCUUCGCUGGAAGAUCUUUUUGUUUCGCUCGUUGUUUAAUGAAAAGUUGAAUACUGUUUUUAGGAUGGCAUGUGCCACGUUCUUGCAGUUCCUUAUUGCUCCCUGUUUGAUUCAGGUUUUAUUAAUACCGACACCAUAGGAAUCUUCUUCCACUCAACUAAAUUAUUAUCGGAUACUUCCAGAACCCAUUCUUCCAAGACAGAAACGGGAGUCAUCCUUGCAGUAUAAAUUCUUGUUAUCUUAUUCUUGCCAAUUCUCUUACUGGGAUCGAAGUCUUCCUUGGAUUCUGUCUGCGUUAUUUGCAUUCUGCCUCAUCGCGCACACACCGCCUCCGUCAGCACAACUUAAUCAAAGCCACAGGUACAGUGUAAACUCUCUGGUUAAAAACGGCUGACACCGUGACACGCGAUGGACAUCGAGUGCAUCCCCCCACCACCGCCCGAAGAGUUCGAGGAGCCCAGUCAGUCUUCGGCGUACUCCCACCCUUAUCACAAUCACGCUUCCUCUGCGCUCCACGAUGUGCCUCUGCCCCCCGGGGAGACCGCGCAUCCGGGGGGCUACGGUGGCGCCGCCACUGACAGCAACAGUCGGGGUCUGGAGUGGCAGCGGGCCAUGGAGGCCCUCAAUCAGUCCAAUGCCAGCACGCAGCAGAUGGCGAAAAAUGCCUAUCCCACCUAUACGUCGCCCUAUGCCAUGCCUGCGACACAGUACUACGGCUAUGGAACUGGAUAUUCGUCAGCGUACGUGGCUCCAGCUUACAGUUCCAUCUCCGCGUAUCCGAACUUUGCAGUGCAGUAUGCUCAAGCUCAGACAGCUUCCCACUCCUCCAACUCCUCUUCCUCAUCCAACCUCAGUCCCGUUUUCACUCCCCGCGGGGCAGCCGCCCGGCCGCGGCUGCGCGGUCUGUCCAAAUUCUCGCCCUACAAUGUCCCAGGCAAAGAUACCAAUCCACCGCAGAUCACGUAUCAAGCGCCGCCCACCACCUACUCAUAUAACAGCAAUGCCCCCGCGGUAGGGAAAAGCAACGAGCCUGAGAGUAUGGAUCUGGAAGAGGAUAGUUCCGCCGGUGCCAUGACGGCUACCCCGUCGGCUACUGGCAGUUUAUUCGGCAAUAGACUGGCUCGCAAACAAGCUCCUGGGGCUGGUGGCAUUCGAUUUCAGCUGUCGAAGAAAAUUCCCACUGCUUCUUCUGCUACGGAUGUCAAAGUAUCCACUCCUUUAUUGCAGAGACCCCCAACACAGUCGUCCAGCAGCCAAGCGACUCGCCUGUCCUUUGCUCAGGAAGACGCCGACACCACCGUCAUAACAACCGACACUGGAUUUAGCAGGACCGGAAACGUAUCCCGCUUCAGCUCGGCACCCAAACAAGAUUACCCGCCUAGUGGACAGCCGGGCGGGGCUGUUAGCUCGAAAGACUGGCCGCUUAGCUUGCAGGAAUACGUCACAAAGGCCAUCGAAGUGACCCCGCCGGAGAAACGUGAACAGGUUAUGCAAACGAUUACUAUGAUGAUUACCAACGCGUACAAAACCAAUACCAUAUUCACCGUCAAAUGGGAGAAUGCGCCCAUGCCCUAUUCGAACGAUAAAGGUUCGGAGAUCUUUAAUUUGAGCCCGAAACGGGAGAACGAACGGCCGCAGUCGGUCAACAGCGGGUCGACGUCGUCGCGUGGUGGCCGGCGCGGCAGUAAUCGGCGCACGGGCAGCGGCGGCCGGUACGGAUCGGAUUCGGAGGACGAUGACGACUCUAGUUAUUAUUCAAUUAAGCCGGGUAGUGGUAGUGCUAAGGAGAGUAGACGGUUUAAUGCGUCGCCCAGUAAGAAAACGCAGCAGGAUAAUUCCGCACAGGAUUAUAUGCCGUUGACGGGUAAAGGGCUCAGUUUAUCCGCUGGCGCCAAGGGACAGAAGGCCGGCAAAGGCAAAAAAGCCGCUCAGAGCGCCCGUGGUAAGUUAAUGGGUAUGGGCACCGAAGCCCCGAUGACGGCCGCCGAACUCGAGCGUCUCCGCCGCCGGCAAGAGCGCUUCGGCGACCUGUUGACCUCCGACGCCCCCGACUCCCCCGCCGCCGACACCCCCGUCCCGUCCCUGCCCAAGGCCAAAAAGGCCUUCAACACCGUCUCCCCGCUAUCCUCGCUGCGCAGCCAGAAACCCAACCGCUCUAUCUCGGCGCCGCGCACCAUCAUCGGCACGUGCCAGACGGUGGAGAAGGACUACUUCCGGUUGACGGACCACGUCGAUCCGGCGCAGGUCCGCCCGGUGUACAUCCUGGAGCAGGCGCUGGAUCUGGUCAAACGCAAAUGGAAGGCGGAGAAGGAGUACCGGUAUGCGGAGUCGCAGUUGAAGAGUAUGCGGCAGGAUCUGCGGGUGCAGCACGUCUUCAGUCCCUUCACGGUGGCCGUGUAUGAGACGCAUGCGCGCAUCGCCCUGGAGGUCGGCGAUCAGGCUGAGUUCACGCAGUGUCUGGCGCAGUUGGAAUGGCUGUACGAUGUGCUGAUGAAGACGGGCGGGGGUGGGGAGCAGCUGGUCAAGGGAUGUGAGCAUCGACGGGAGUUUUUGUCGUACAGAAUUCUGUAUGUGAUGAGGCAGAAUCGGACCACAGAUGCGGCCAAAGCGCGUAUGAAUCUGUCAGUGGAUGACAAGAAAGACACGUGCAUCGCCUUUGCCUUCUCCGUGCUGUCAGCCUACUUUGCGGGUGAUUAUCAGCAGUUUUUUACAUUUUAUAAACUUGCUCCUCUUAUGGCUAGCUACGUGAUGGAUGUGGCCAUACCGCAGUUCCGCCAAAAGUCCCUCAUUAAACUGUGCAAUGCGUAUCGUCCCAACUUGCCCGUGAUGGCCUUGAAGGAGUUAUUGUGUUUCCCCACCGAGCGGGAGAUGCGCGACUUCCUCAAAGCCUACCCGAAGAUGGUGUACACGUGGAUGAACGGGCUGGAGGAGAUCGACACCAAGGCCUCGCUGACCAUCGUCAAAGCCGGCCCGGAACCGGUCACCGAUGGGCCCGUAGUCAAGCCGACGCCCAUUACACCGCAGAAGACAGGGAAAACCGGCAGAUUUCGGGCUAAGGUUAAAUGAAUAACGUUUUUAAUCUUGUUUUCAAUUUGGCUGUGAUAGCGGUGAUGCAUAGAAUAACGAUGGGAAUUGUGUUUCGUUCGUCGGCUAAUGGCCAUGAGAGAGAAUCUGUUGUAAUGUUUAAGUUUGUUUUUAUUUUAAACGGGGAGGUAUUUUGUGCUUGUUUCGACUAUGUUUUUUAAUCUUCUAAGUUGUUUUUGUGCCGAUGUACAUUAUUGUGGGCACCGUCGAACGAUGGUUGGUUCAUCUGUUGUGUUGUGGCGUAAAUGCACAUUAUGCGAGCCGAAAUGGCGAAGAAAAGCGCGCUUUAUAUGA